AUGUCAUAUAAUCAAAAUACUCAUUCAUCAGUUUUAAUAAAACAUGUUCGAACAGCAUUAAUGAAUUAUAAUGUUUUACCUUAUGAAAAAGAAUUUUACAUAUGGAUAUAUUAUUUUAGCUUGAUUGAUGGACAACAACAUCGUUUAAUUAAACAACAUGCUAUAAGUUUAUGGCGUUUAUUUUAUUCAAAAAAUAUUGAAAAACCUAAAAUACUUGAUUCAUGGUUAAAUUAUUUAGAAGAUGAUAUAAAUAAUGAAAUUUCUAAAACUAUUACAUAUGAUACAUGGAGAAUAUUUCCACAAUUUGUAGAAUUCAUUCAAUUAAAUGGUUAUCAAUCUUAUGAUGAUAAUGAAGCUUGGCCUUUGAGCAGGCCAUUACUUAAACCAUUUGAAUUAAAACCAUUUAAUUUUCAAACAGAAUCAAUAACUAGUAGAAAAAAAUCGAAUUCCAAUAAUGAGGAUAUUAAUCCAAUCAUCCGUCCGGAUUCAUCAUUGAAUCAUCGUGAUCUUAGUACUGGAGAACUACGUUUAUCAAAUACAAAAUCAUAUAAAUUUACGUCGAAUGAUUUAAUUGAUUGUGGUGUAAUUGGAGAAGGAAAUUUUGGUAUCCGUAUUCGUUCAACUGUUGAUGAACGGUGUCAAAAACAAAUGAUCAAAGAAUUAGAUAUUGUUAUGCGUGACAAUACUUGUCCUCAUAUUGUACAAUUUUAUGGUGCUCUAUUUAAAGAAGGAGAUUGUUGGAUAUGUAUGGAAUUAAUGAAUACAUCACUUGAUCAUUUUUAUAAAUUUGUUUAUCAUAAACUUGAUCAAUUUAUACCAGAAAGUAUUCUUGCUUAUAUAACAUUUGCUACAUUACAAGCACUUGAUUAUAUAAAAUCUCGUUGGGAAAUUAUACAUCGAGAUGUCAAACCAUCGAAUAUUUUAGUUUCAAGAACAACAUUAAAACUUUGUGAUUUUGGUAUAAGUGGUCAAUUAAUUGAUUCCAUUGCUAAAACACGUGAUGCUGGUUGCCGUCCAUAUUUACCACCUGAACGUAUUGAUCCAACACGAGCGACACAUGAUGGUUAUGACGUUCGAUCUGAUGUUUGGUCACUUGGAAUAACACUUUAUGAAAUAUCUACAGGAUACUUUCCAUUUCGAGAAUGGACAUCAGUAUAUGAUCAAUUAGAACAAAUUGUUGAAGGACCUUCAUUAGAAUUUAAAAUUGAUCGUCUUUCUGAUGAUUGUAAAAAAUUUAUAAAUACAUGUUUAAAUAAAGAUGAAAAUCUACGACCAAAAUAUAAACAAUUAUUAGAACAUGAGUUUUUACAAAAAGCAAAAGAAAUACAAAAAAUUGAAAAUGUUUCUGGUUAUUUAUCUCAUAUAAUUGAUGGCCUUGAAAAGAAUACAGAUAAAUUUAAAUUAUAUUAUUAUUUAUCUUAUAAUUCUCAAUGA